AUGACCACCUCCCUCGCCUUAUUACCCCAACGCCAGCCUGAUUCUGCUGCCAGCAAAGUCAACCUUCCUCAACGACCUAGGCUCCAGAUUGACACCCAGCAACUCUUCAAAAACCGCACUUUUGGCAAAGGUGGUUCAACAAGUCUGCGCCUGGAUACGUUGAGUGCGGCCUCUCCUACCGUCCGAAACACUUUUUCGAAUGCCUACGAGGCGCCUACAUCUGCUGCGCCAACCCUCGACCGACCCUCCAAACCGCGACUAGGUCUAUCAAUCGACAGUUCAGUCACAAAACCUCUGGAAUCCAACUCAAAUCCACCUAGCUCCAUCACACCGAACUCUGCUUCCACUUUCUCCUCUGUCCUGACUUCUGCAUCUUCGAAUGCGUCAGCCACCAUCGCAAUCCCAUAUAAGCAACCUCACAACCUCGCCUCGAUUCUCAGCAACAGCCCUGCACGACAGUUGAUUCCACGAAAGAUGGCACCGGCACGCCCACUCUUCCCUGCGGAAAAGAAGGUCUCUUUCCGAACGCCGCUGGAGGAAGAAAUCAAGACUACGAAGUACACUCUCGCGCAUUCAGACCUCGAAUCUUCAAUCAGCUCCAACUCGACCAUCUCAAGCAUCGAGACGGCAACCUCCAGUUCCGACUCCUCGUCCGCGUCCCUUUCCAUUCAAACCGCCUCGUCUUCAGAAGCCUCUUCAUCAUCCAAUGCUUCUUCACCUCCACGUGGACAAGAUGCACGAUUUUCUUCUCUUGACACAUCCCCACGACUGGGAGGACCUCGCACAGGUGACAAGCGGGACUCAUCCGACUCUGACAGCGAUUCAUGCCCAGAGACUCCGGUGGCCGGACGAAGGAAGCGCAGGCGUGACUGGAGGUGGACGCUGGGCCCGCUGCCAUCCAGUUCCGACAAGUCAACAUCAACAAGCGACGCGACCACGAGCGACGACAGCAGUUAA